UCUCUCUCUCUCUCUCUCUCUCUCUCAUUUUAACACAUCUUUCAAAUUACAUCAACUUACUUUUUCUCUCUUCAUCACAUAUAUAUACAUAAUAUUAACACUAAUUAGCUAAUUAUACUAUACAAUACUACUAUAGCAAACUAUGUUCUUUCCUAUGGUGAUUCUCAAGUUAAUAGAUUGGAUCAUAUACCAACUCUUAGCCAAUUCAUGUUACAGAGCUUUAAGAAAGAUGAGAAGAAAUUUCUACGCAAUAGUACUCCGUUCAUCACAACAACAACAACAACAACAACUCUUCCCCACCAUAACAAAGUGUGGUCUUGACUCUAGAGGAUCACAACAUGCUCAUAUUGUCACUGAUUUCCACGGAGUUCUCCUGAGGACUCACUCUUUCUUCCCUUACUUCAUGUUAGUGGCCUUCGAAGGUGGUGGGAUUUUAAGGGCUUUUCUUCUUCUAUUGUCUUGUUCUUUUUUGUGGCUUUUGGACUAUGAAAUGAAGCUCAAAGCCAUGAUUUUCAUAUCCUUUUGUGGGCUCAAGACUAAGGACAUGGACAACGUUAGCAGAGCUGUUUUGCCCAAGUUUUAUUUGGAGAAUCUUAAUGUUGAGGCGUACGAGGUUUUGGCUUCGGCUGGUACUAAGACUCUGCUCACUAGUCUUCCUAGAGUUAUGGUUGAGGGUUUUGUUAAGGAGUAUUUGAGUGUUGAUGAUGUUUUUGGAACUGAGUUAGAAGUUAAUGGGAAAAGAUUUAGUGGUUUUGUUUCUCAAAAUGGUUUGCUUGUUAAGCAUAGAGCUUUGAAGGAACAUUUUGGUGAUAAAAAGCCUGAUAUUGGACUUGGUACUCCAAGCUUUCAUGACCAACUCAUUUUAUCUCUAUGCAAGGAGGGUUACAUAGUGAACGUGAAAGAUGCUGAGAAUAUAAAAAAUGGUAACAAUAAAGUAACUAUGAGAAGGGAAAAUUACCCAAAACCCCUCAUUUUCCAUGAUGGAAGAUUAGCCUUCUUGCCCACACCAGCUGCAACUCUAGUCAUGUUCUUAUGGUUACCUUUGGGGGUCAUUUUAGCCAUUUUCAGAAUCUCAGUUGGGUUUCUUCCAUUCCAAAUUGGAACCCCAUUGGGGAUUUUAGCUGGCGUUGACUUAACGGUCAAAGGUGACACCAAUUGGGAAAGUAACGAUCCUCAAAACAAAAAGAAAGGAAUCCUGUACGUGUGCAACCACAGAACUCUAGUAGACCCUGUUUUCAUAAGCAUUUCAUUGGCCAAACCAGUGACAGCUGUCACCUACAGUCUAAGCAAAAUGUCAGAAUUCAUCUCAACCAUUCGAACGGUUAGGUUGACUAGAGAUAGAGAGCAAGAUGGUUUGACCAUGAAGAAAUUGCUUAGUGAAGGUGAUUUGGUUGUUUGUCCUGAAGGAACAACUUGUAGAGAGCCUUAUUUGUUGAGGUUUAGCUCUUUAUUUGCUGAGUUAAGUGACGAAAUUGUCCCUGUAGCUGUUAACGCAAAAGCCACUAUGUUUUAUGGGACUACAGCUAGUGGGCUCAAAUGUUUGGACCCACUUUUCUUCUUCAUGAAUCCUAGGCCUGGAUAUAUUGUUCAUUUUCUCGGGAAAAUUCCAAAAGAAAUGUCUUGUGGUGCAGGUGGAAAAUCCAGCUGGGAAGUAGCUAAUUACAUACAAAAACAAUUGGCUAAUACUUUGGGUUUUGAAUGUACUAGUCUUACUAGGAGAGACAAGUACUUGAUGUUAGCUGGGAAUGAAGGAAUAGUUGGUGAUAAUAAUAAUAAUAAUAAUAAUGAUAAUAAGAAGAAGAAAUCAGCAGGUUUCUCCUAUUUCUAGUUCAAAUUAUUUAAAAAAUAUAAUAUUAUUAUUAUUAUGUUUUAAUUUUGGGAAAGACUUAUAACUUUGUAUUUUCUCAUCUUAUGAUGUAACGUAUAUAUUUCCUUAAAUAUAAAUAUAUGUAUUUAUUUAGUUUAUUAG